AUGAGUACACCAUCAACAGAAUCACCACAAGAAGGAUCAAAUAAUUCACCACAACACGAAAAUUCCGAAGAAAAUGAAACUAAAGUUUCGUUGGAAGAUAAAUAUUACAAUAGUCAGCUAAAAAAAGAAUUUAACAAUUGGAGCAAUCUUCAAUCUUCACUUAAUAAAUAUUUUAUUGUUUAUGUUACAGCUUGUAUUACCUCAAUUACGAUUGGAAUUGUGUUUUCAAUUUCAGAUAACAAUACUAUGGGAUCUUUAAGUAAAAAAAUUAUUUCAGUUGUUAUUUCUGGAUUGGGGGGCACAGUAACUCUUUUGGGAGGUCUAUUGUCGUUUAAGAAUCUUUUUGCUAAGAAUCAAUCAGAUACUGUUGAUAAUUUGAACAAAGAAGAACAAAAAUUAGAUAUUCCUUGGCCACUUGCACUUAAAGAUAGCGAUUUUAAGAAAAACAAACUAGUUAAAAUGUUUAAACAUGAAAAAGAAUUUAGAACACCAUUAUAUUUCAUGAAAAUGUUGGCUGAAAAUACAAAAACUACAUUGAUUUUUGUGGCUAUAUGGAAUAUUAUAUUUUCAUGCCUUAUAAUUUAUGUGAAUGUAUAUUCUAUUAUUAUUACCGCAUCAGGUGAAGACAAUGAUGAUUAUAGAACUUUAAUAAAAUGGCUCUUUGUAUGUCCUAUAACUAGUGUAGCCUUUGCUUUUGUAUACGCAUAUCAAAUUAAGAUAAAUGUUCCUAAUAUAGUGGAAGAGGAAGAGAAAGAAGAUUUACAUUUUAAAGAUAAAAUUCCUUUAAGAAUGUUAGUUGUAACAAAAAACAGAGAAAAAAACAAAUGUUGUGAAUUGUGUGAAUGUUGUAAUUUCUUUAUAUGUUGUGAAUGUUGCGGUACCUUUAUACAUUAUUGUAUCUUUAUUUGGAUGAUAUUUUUGGGGAUAAUUUUCGGGUUAAUUUUGGGACUAAUUUUUGGACUAGUUUCAUUUACAUCAUACGAGAAAGAUAAGGAUAAGAAAAUUUGGCGUAGAGUAACAGUAACGAUAAACAGAAUUGAAUUAAAUCAAGUAGAGAUGGCGGCAAUUGAACGUAUUCUUCAAGGCUUGACGACAACAACUCCAACAACUCCAACAGAUCAAAAUGACUAG